UUGAGGUCCGUCAGGAACAAGUGUCCCCCUUCAUUUUUGAGGUGCGACGUCGUGCCAUCGACUUGGAUAUUUAAAAACACGCGUAACCUCGUGUAAUUUAAGUUUGAUACACGGAUUACGUUGCAGUAAACGAUGCCAUCGGGUAAACAUUUUAGAAGACGAAGAAAUGACUCUUCAGAGGAAGAGGAAGACGAAGAGACAACCAGCGACGUGAGAUCAAAACUGGAUGAAGUUAAGGAAAUACAGAGUCUUCGGAAAAGACAAAGUGGUGUCAGCCUUACUACUCUUAACGUCGGAGAAAAACUUCCUUUGGAAGCUGACAUAGAGGAUGACCCAUUCAAACUGAAGACUGGUGGUAUUGUCAACAUGAAGAAAGUCAAAGAUCGAAAUAGAGAUAUGGAUGAAGAUGAUAAUGAGCUGAACCUUGGGACUUCCUUCUCUGCAGAGACAAACAGAAGAGAUGAAGAUGCCGACAUGAUGAAAUACAUUGAGACAGAGUUGAAGAAAAAGAAAGGAGUGGUGGAGGAAGACGAGCAGAAGGUGAAAGAGAAGAACCCCGAAGAUCUUCUGUACGAGCUGCCUGAGAACAUCCGCGUCAACUCUGCUAAGAAGACAGAGGAGAUGUUGUCCAACCAGAUGCUAAGUGGCAUCCCAGAGGUGGACCUCGGCAUAGAUGCUAAGAUCAAGAACAUCAUCCUUACAGAGGAUGCUAAAGCCAAGCUCAUUGAGCAGCAGAAGAAUAGGAAGAAAGACAACGGGACCUCCUUUGUUCCUACAAAUAUCGCUGUAAAUUACGUCCAGCACAACCGAUUCUAUCAUGAGGAUCACAACGCUCCCCAGAGACGUCACAGACGAGAGGAGCAGGAGAAAGCCAGACCACUGCGAGUAGGAGACACAGAGAAACCAGGACCAGAGAUACAAGAACCUCAGCGAAAGAGACCAAAUCACGAGAAGGCAACAGAUGACUACCAUUAUGAGAAAUUCAAGAAGAUGAAUCGCCGAUAUUAAUGAACCUGGAAAAAAUCAUGCUGCCCCAUACCAUUUACUUUUGCCCUUUGUUUCUUAUUGUAAAUAGUCUUACUAUGUUGAACACUUCCCCAUAGUCCACAUGUUGCUGUUAAGUAUUAUUGUGCUAUUAUUUUCAGAUGUGCAUUUAUUAGAUGUUAUUUCUCCUGCUUUUAAAUAAAUCAUCAGAAAGGAUGUUA